AUGGAUCACAUCAACUUUUCCCUUGUUGACUCUUCUUUCGAUAACCUCGAUCUUAAUGUUUUUUCUUCCACGAAAGAAGAAACGGACAUUUUAUCUUCAAUUAAGGAAGAAAUGGAUGCUAGAAAAGGUAACUUUAGCUUUAUUACGAAAAAUAAGAAAAAGGAACUUUCUAAAGUAUUUUUCAUAGAUCUGGAUGUUUAUCGAAGGAAUGAUGCAGAAGAACAGAACCACAAAGAAAGUUUACAAGCAAUUUCUUCUGCCAUACAAGUAAGUCUCAAAGGUUUGGCUUCCUUUUAUGUAUGA